AUGGAUGGCAAUGUUUACGUGAAAUCUUUUGGAGGUAAAAACAACUGUGAGCCAAAAAACUGCACGCUGUGUGAGGAUGAUAUUGUGUUUACCAAGAAUAGAUCAACCUUAGAAACAGGACGUCAAAGGAUGAUUCCUGGAAAACAGUAUACACUUUAUGAUGAGAGCUUUGAAGAUUAUCCAAAUCCAGAUGAGUGCAUGAUGUAUAAUGCCGAUGACAAAAAAUUUGUAUUUAGAAAUUGCAGUGAAAGUCAAGGAGUCCAGUGUGUCAAUGAAACUUACGAUCAUUAUGCAGUGAAAGCAUGUUUUCAAGAGAAUCCUGAUGGUUUUUCCUGUAUACCCGAAAUGAAGGAUCAAAAGAAACUUAUAAAAACAGGUCCGUAUUUUUUAUCCUUGAGACAAUGA